CUAUAAGCGUGCGGCAAAGGUAAAAACAAAAUGAGCGGCUCCAAACUUUCCGUUGCCAGCGUCCGUGUGUCCGUGAAAGAGCUCCUCGCCGAGGCCAAUGGCGACAAGAAGCGCAACUUUGUCGAGACGAUCGAGCUCCAGAUCGGCCUCAAGAACUACGACCCCCAGCGCGACAAGCGUUUCUCGGGAACUGUCAAGCUCCCGACCGUCCCGCGCCCGCGCAUGUCCAUCUGCAUUCUCGCCGAUGCCGCAGACAUUGAUCGCGCGAAGCAGAUCGACCUCGAGUACAUGAGCGUCGACGAUCUUAAGAAGCUGAACAAGAACAAGAAGCUUGUGAAGAAGCUCGCCAAGAAGUACGACGCCUUCCUUGCGUCCGAGACGCUCAUCAAGCAGAUCCCCCGUCUGCUCGGUCCUGGUCUCUCGAAGGCGGGCAAGUUCCCGACGCCCGUCUCGCACGCUGAGGACCUCGCGAACAAGCUCACUGAGGUGCGCUCCACGAUCAAGUUCCAGCUCAAGAAGGUUCUCUGCUUGGGUGUCGCCGUCGGCCACAUCCAGAUGACGGACGACCAGGUGCUCGGAAACGUCAUGCUGAGCAUCAACUUCCUCGUCUCGCUGCUCAAGAAGAACUGGCAGAACGUCAAGUCGCUGCACAUCAAGACCACGAUGGGCAAGCCCAUCCGUCUCUUCUAGACGUCGCGCACGCAGGAGAUCGCUACCAGGGUGCAACGCACCACACGAGCCCGCACGCUUAUACCAACGGCUGUUUUACUCAGUCGAUUGGGAGCCCCGCUACUCUGGUUGCUGUGUUUCCCGCUGUCUUUAUCACGCUGUAGCAUUUAUGAUAUGCGCUAUAUUGUAUCACAAGGAGCAUUUAUGCGUCAUAA